AUGAAUCAGCAGUGCAAGGUUUGCGGGGAGCCAGCGGCCGGAUUCCACUUCGGGGCGUUCACGUGCGAGGGAUGCAAGUCCUUCUUCGGCAGAACGUACAACAACCUGGGCAGCAUAUCCGAGUGCAAGAACGGGGGCAACUGCGUGAUCAACAAAAAAAAUCGGACAGCGUGCAAGGCCUGCAGGCUGCGAAAGUGCCUCCUCGUGGGAAUGUCAAAGUCCGGCUCGCGCUACGGCCGGCGCUCCAACUGGUUCAAGAUCCACUGCCUCCUGCAGGAGCAGACCAACAACAACAACAACAUCAACAACAACAACAGCAGCAGCCAGAGCCCGGGCGGCCUCCCCGGCUCUCACUUUGGCGCGAGCUUCCUGCCGGGCUUUCUCCCCGGGCUCCAGGCCCAGCAAGCGGGUCUCCUGGGCGGCUACGCGGCUGUCCCAUCCGGCAAGGACACCCGCGACCAGGGCUCGCCCAGCCAGGAGGACUUUGCCCUCCAAUCGCACCUUCUGCACGUCGCCAUGCUCAAACAGCAGAAGCACCGAGGCAUGGGUUCCCUGCACCAGAGUCCUCUGAAGCUGCUGGGCUGGCAGACCGGCUCCAAGUCGUCGGGCGACGAGCUCGACGGACCCCCGUCUCAGCCACAGCAGUCCCAGCCACCGUCGCAGCAGCACCGGUCCAGCCCGACCCGCGGGACCCCCACGCCCCCUGGGCUGCCCUACCGGGAGCUGGUCAGCUCGGCGCAGCAGCUCUUCUCCGGUGCAGCCUCGGGCUCGCUCGAGGUCUUCCGGCCGUUCAUGCCGCUGUACAAGCGCGCCGCGACCACGCCCAGCGACAGCGGGGCCUCGAGCGUCGAGACCGACGAGCACGACGAGUCGCGCAGCAAUUCGGCGUUCAGCUACUUCCGCACCACGACGAGCGCGGAUUUCCCGAGGCGGAAGGUCAACGCCACGGUGACCUUCGCCACGGAUUACCUGGCCCACCACCACCACCUCCACCACAACCACGGCCACGGCCUGAUGUACCCGCCCUCGGAGCUGGUGACGCCGGGGACGGCCCAGGCGCUCCGGGGUGGCGACCUGUUGCUGGCUAGCCCUAGCCCGGGGGGCUUGGCGAUCGAGCAGCUCGAGCCGAUCGACCUGAGCCUCAAGUCGGCCCACGAGAGGCAGCAGCAGCAGCGGGCGGAGGGGGCAGUGGGUGACAAUUCGGACUCGGAGAGCGAGAGCGCGAGCGGUCCCAGCAAGCCGGCGAGCCCCGAGGCGGCUCCCAAGAGCAACCCCUUGGAUCUGAGCGUGGACGUAAAAAGGCCCACGGCCGAGGUCUCGCUCUAACCGGGCGUU